AUGGCCCCGUUCAAUGUCGACGGUCACAUCGAGCAGCGGUACAAAAUCAUCAGCCACAUUGGCAGUGGGGCGUACGGCGUCGUGUGGUGUGCGCUGGACCGUCAGACAAGUGGACUAGUGGCGUUGAAGAAGGUGUUUGACGCAUUCGGGAACCAGCAGGAUGCACAGCGGACAUACCGUGAGGUGAUGCUGCUCAAUGCCCUUCAUCAUGGGAGUAUUAUACGCCUGACGAACAUGAUACGGUCUGUGAAUGACGCCGACCUCUACCUGGCGUUUGAGCUAGCCGAGACAGAUCUCUCAACAAUUCUGCAUCACAAUGUUUUACUACCGGUUCAUCAACAGUACUUGGCCUACCAGGUUGUAAAAACUGUCGCCUAUUUACACAGCCGUGGCGUACUUCAUCGCGACUUGAAACCGGCCAACAUUUUUGUAAACUCUGACUGUGGCAUUAAGCUUGGUGACUUUGGGCUUGCGCGGUGUGCUCAGGCCCAAGGCGAAGAUGUCUUUCGGGAUUUGACAGGUUACGUCGCCACCCGCUGGUACAGAGCGCCCGAACUACUUGUGAACUCCGCGAAUUACACGACAGCCAUGGACAUUUGGGCGGUUGGUUGCAUCAUUUAUGAGCUGCUAACAUCAUCACCACUUUUCAUGGGGCGCUCCACACUGCAUCAACUCUCCCUCAUCAUUGGUGCCCUGGGGGAGCCCACAACCUCCGACUUGGAGAGUUUGGGGUCAAAUGAAAUAUGGCCGCUUAUGGACGCCUCUCCUGCCAUCAAAAGUCAUCCCUUGCAGGAAAAUCUGCGUGAACACGACCCCGACGCAGUGGACCUAAUCUGCAAACUUGUUGUUUUCAACCCCAAUAAGCGGUUAACAGCGCGGGGGGCUCUUAGACAUCCGUAUUUCGCCCCCUUCUUCACUGACAAAGAUAUUGAGGAACUUGACAAAGCUGAAGUGAUUUCACUGCCGCUGCCAGAUGAGAAGAACUUUGCUGUUGCAGAGUACAGGGAGGCACUGUAUGAGGUCAUCUCGCGUUGUUUUCGUCAGCAUGCCUCUUUCUAG